AUGUCUAAGGUAGAUUCCAAUUUUGUGCUGAAAGUCCAGGACAUGUUUUCAACAAAAUCUUUGUUCAAACAGUACGUACAAGCUAUUGCUAUUAGAGAUAAUUUCCAGUACGUUAUCGUGAAAUCGAACAAGGAAGUUAUGAUUUUGCAAUGCGCCAUUGAAAAUUGCAAAUGGUCCUUACGUGCUUCUUGUUGUAUUCAUGGGGAUAGGUCAUUAUGGGUUCUUACUAGGUUUGAUUCAGAACAUACAUGUUUAGUAGAUGUUCCAUUAUCCGAUUAUAGACAGGCCACCUUUACUGUUACCAAGGACCUAAUUAAGAACAAAAUUUCUUUAGCUGGUUUUGAAUUGUCAACUUCCAAAGAUAUAGUUCAUUUCAUUCGUGCUGAACAUGGUUUAAGUAUAUCCUACCAAAAAGCAUGGCGUGCUCAUGAGACUGCGUUGGAUGAUAUUCGUGGAUCUCCAGAUGACUCCUACAAGAUGUUACCCAGAUUUGCAUAUAUAUUGGAACUCAACAACCCAGGUUAUGUUGUUGAAUACAAAGUUGAUGUCGAUGGUAGAUUUCUUUACUUCUUCAUGGCAUUAUCUGCUUCCAUUUCUGGUUGGCAACAUUGUCGUCCAAUCAUUUCUAUUGAUGGAACAAGUCUGAAGAAUAAGUACGGUGCCUUUUGUGUUGUGGAUUUUGAGAAUGAUUCCUCAUGGACCUGGUUUUGCAACCAAUUGAAGAGAAUUAUAGGUGGUCGAAAUGAGGUUGUCAUAGUAUCUGAUAGGCAUAAAAGUAUAUGCAAAGCUAUAGAGGUAGUAUUUCCUAACAUUUUACAUUGCAUGUACCUUGUUCAUUUACUUAGGAACCUUAAGUUGAAGUAUAAGAGAAUAAUGAAUACCGUAUUUCAUGCAUGUGGGAAGACAUUUAGUAUUGUAGACUUCGAACACAAAAUGCGUUUGUUGGAAUCUUCUGCCUUUGGUAUACGUGAGAAGCUUGAAUCCAUUGGUUUUGCUAAGUGGUCUCGUGCCUACUCACCACGUAGGAGAUAUAAUAUCAUGACCACAAGUAUAUCUGAGAGUUUGAAUUCUGCUAUGCUAAAGGCUACGGAGUUACCAAUAUGUUCAAUACUUAAGGUUUUGCGAAUGAUGUUGCAAAGAUGA